AUGAAGUCCAUCGAACACUUCACCGGCGGUUCUGUUUGUGGCUGCCCAGAGUGGUGGGCCAUGUGCCCUGAUCCAGAUACGUCCUCUUUAGACUCGCCACCAGUUCUCCUAACAUCUCUACCGGCACCUUCAAUCCUGCCACUGAUUGCGUCGUCAACCAGAGUCGAAGGCCCCCACAAACCGCAACCCCCCAAUCUCGAGGUUCAAUCACGAUCUCGUGUGAAGAAACUCACAAAGAAGAGGGAUGAGAAUAUCAAAGAGCUCAUGAAUGACCUGGAGGCCAAGUUCUGGAGCUCGACCGAAGGUCAGGUGACUGAACCUCUACCGACUCCUCUCUCUUGGGCAUCAUCAGAAAGUUCUUAUGAGCCAAUGGAAGACGAUGAGCCAAUACAGGAAGAUAAGGCAGUGGAAGACGGUGAGCCAAUAGAAGUUGGGUCGGCGCCGAAGUCACCAACCGCGUCGCUCCACCCUCUCCAGGACCACUUUCACGAGCCCUCGACGUCACUUCGCCCACCCAACCCCACGCAGGGUGGACCGUGUCGUCUCCUCCUCUCUCUCCUGCUCCCCGGCCCCACUGGACAUCCACGUUCCGGCCGGCCCGCUCCAUCCCUACCAUUCAAUUUGCCCCUUUCAGCCAUCUCCUCGCCCCUUCCCAGCAAGCCCUCCACCGCCGAGAGUAAACGACUCCGACACAAACGGUGGAAAGAGCGCUCCAAAGAGAAGAAGCGCCUUGCGCGCGCCGUUGCAAUCGGCUAUACUCCAGCUCCAGCUCCUGUUCCUCCGAACCACGGCCACAGCUACGGCCAGGACCAGGGGCAGCUGCGUCCGCAACCACGGGUACCGUACGUCAGGAAGCGCAACAGAGAGCCGGAUGAGCGACUCAUUUCGCUGCGUGGUCGGCGGUACGGUUCUCCAACUUUGGGCGCGUUUCUGGACAAGAUUGGAGAGGCAGGUGAGGACGGGGAGGAUGGCAGCGGCGGGAAUGAGGAGACAGCAGGGUCUAAGGGGGAGGAGGACCGGGAGAUGUGGUUUUUAGAAGGGUUUGAGGAUUUGUUUCCUGCUGAUACUAGGGACUAUGUGAGGCCUGGAAGGGCUGUUGACGGUGGGGAGGGAGGUGAGGUUUUGCACGCUGAGGAAAACAUUUUCCUUACAGAGGAUGCUCUUCGGGAUUAG